UGUGUUUAAGUGUGUUUAAGGAGGUGCAUAUUCACAAAUGAUGAGCAACAACGAACAAGUUGAGAGUCAAUCAAGUACCAUCACAAAUGUGCCAACUACUCCUACAAUAGUAGUUUCUCCUAAAGUAGCACCUUUGAUCACUCCUGGAGGAACAAAAGAAUGGCAUCCAAUAUGCCCCAAUGAGUUGAAACCAGCUAUAGGGAUGAAGUUUAAUAAUCUUGAAGAGGGCCUUGAAUUUUAUAAAGGCUAUGCAUUUGCUUCUGGUUUCAAUACAAGGAAGUCUACAACUAAAAGACAAAGAAGAAGCAAAGAAUUAAAAUAUCAGUAUAUCUUGUGCAAUAAGGAAGGAUACAAAGAAAAAAGAAAGACUACUGUAGAAAAAGAUUUAAAUUACAAGGAAGGGGAAAACAAUGAAGAAAAAUCUUCAAUCAAAAGGAAGAGACUCGUUACUCGUGUUGGGUGCAAGGCACAUAUUGUCCUAAAGCAUUGUGAUGAUAACACAUUCAUAGUGACAAAAUUUCAUGAGGGACAUACUCAUGCACUUUAUACACCUAGCUGCAAUCUAUUCCAAAAAGAAGGAAGGAAAAUGAACAUUUUACACAAAAAAAUAAUUGUGAAUAAUUCUAAGGUGAAUAUUGGUCCCGUUACAACUUUUCGAAUGAUGAAGGAAAUUGUUGGAGGAUAUGAAAACAUUGGUGCAUCUAAGGAAGAUUUCAAAAAAUUUCAUAGAGAUUUAAAAGCAUACAUUCAAGGAAGCGAUGCUCAAAUGUUCGUGGAUAACUUUACCAACAAAAAGCUGAUGUGGAACGCUUUUUUCUUUGAUUUUGAGAUGGAUGAAGAUUAUUGCCUUUGUAGAGCAUUGUGGGCAGACCCCCUUUGUAAAAAGAGUUAUGCUCUAUUUGGUGAUAUGGUAUCCUUUGAUACCACAUACCAAACCAAUAGGUACAACAUGGUGUUUACUCCAUUUACAGGCGUUGACCAUCAUAAGAAUUGCAUUAAUUUUGCUGCUGGUUUCAUAGCAAAGGAAGAUAUCGUGUCAUUUGAAUGGCUGUUCAGAUCAUUCCUCAAGGCAAUGGGUGGGAAUGAACCUAAUUGUAUGAUCACAGAUCAGGAUCCAGCAAUGAAAAUUGCUAUUAGAAGUGUGUUUAAGAAGACUGAACAUCGGUUAUGUAUGUGGCACAUAAUGAAAAAGUUACCAGAUAAGGUGGAGAAAUCAAUCAUGCAAGAAGAAACUGGUUAUAUGUACAAGAUAAGAGAUAAGUGGAUUCCGGCGUAUUUCAGAGAUGUGUUCCUUGGAGGAAUAAUGCGUACAACAUCAAGAUCCGAAAGUGAAAAUAACUUUUUCUGCUCCUUUAUCAAUCCUCAUGUGUCACUUGUUGAGUUUUACUUGAGAUAUGAAGCUGCAAUUGAUGCCCAGAGACACACUCAAGAGAUACACACUUGUGUAAGUUUGGCAGAAGGCAAAGAUGAAGAUAUUCAAGACCUUGUGAUAAAUCUUCAAGGAAUAAGAAAGGAUUUGGAAGCAAAGAGGAUUGCAAGAAAUAAUGAAACAACAGCUGGAAGUGCAAAAAACAAAGAGCAAGAUAUUGAGCUAUUGAUUGGAGCUAGUGUGCCAACUGAAAUAAUUGUCUAA